AUGUUCUGUGCACCUGGAGCUAGCAGGCUCGAAGGCUGCCCGCAGCUGGACCCGGCCCCAGCCCCUGUCUGGUGGGGCCAGGGAUGUCCGGAGCUCAUUAAAUCCGCCAGCACCGCCGACGAGAAAGGGCCGGUGCCGGAGCCCAGGAGUCGCACCAUGAGGUUUCCCCAGGGCUGUGCCUGUGACCAUGAUCGUAACCACGCCACCCGCCGCCGUCAGCCCUCCCUCCGCGCCCUCCUGCCGCUGCUGCUGCUCCUAUUGCUGCCGCGGGCCACCGCCGCACUACUGCCCGCAGCCGACUCCUCGGGGGAGGCCGAGCUGGAGGAGGCGGCGGGGCGGCGGUCGGCGCUGCCCGACUGCGAGCGGCUGGCGCGGCUGCUGCACGCCCGGGCCGCACAGCUGCAGGAGGAGAUGUGCGAGAAGUUUACCGUCUGCGAGAAUAGCAUGGAAAUCCUCAUCCAGAACAAUCUCAACCUCCCCAGGGUGACGGAGGAGGAUGGGUGUCUGCUCACCGGCUUCAAUGAGGAUAAAUGCUUGAGGAAAAUCUCCAGUGGGCUUUAUACAUUUCAGACAUAUCUUCAAUUCAUACAAGAAACUUUUAUUAGUGAAAAGCAGAACAUUGAAUCACUGUGCUAUACUACAGAGCACCUGGCACAUACUGUAAAGCAGAUGGUGAUGAAUCCUGAUGAAAUUAUCAUCCCAGACUUGGCUACUCAGGCAUCCCUCCAGGCAAAGCUGAAGUCUAAUAAGACCUGGAUAGAGAAAAUCACCACCCACCUCAUCCUCCGAGGCUUUACUUCAUUUAUGGAGAAAACCGUGAGGGCUGUUCGCUAUUUGAAAAACACCAGGAGUUCCAGUGUCUGA